UGUAGCUAGCAGUGAGUGCACUUAUGGAAUGGACGUCACACACAGUUGUGUCGAUGUAUGUGUGUGUAUGUGUGGAGACACGUAAGCUUCAAGUGUGUCGGUCCGAAACGUCAACUCAAUCGCCCACUCACCGCUAAGCCACCCACCCCCACCCAGCUAGCUAUUCUACUGCAGCACGCCAGCCACCUCGCCUGAGGGAAAACAAUAUGGACGUGAAAACCCGUCAUAAAGGCAGACAUGCAGCCUCUCAUAAAUGUGUGCGUCUGUCUACCCCUCCGCCCUCUCCCCCCCACUAUCACCCUCCAGCUGGCCGACCCCCUUCCCCUCUCCGCCGCCAUCGCUGUCUCCAUCGCUACCGAUGUCAUCAUCCUCCCCCACAUUCGUCUCCACCUCGUCGGCCUGCACCACCUGGAUCACACCCGCCUGCAUCAAGGCCUCCAAUCGCUGUGCGUCGACGCGAGUAGGGAAGUGGCUUAUGAGACACACGAUCGCCUGAAUGAAUGAAGGGCACACUGACAGUAGUAUCCCCGCUACACGUGGGGCUACCUGUAGUGCGACUCCCAUGUCAUUGUGUGUUUGCAGCGCCGCCAUUUUGUCCACACCGCCCGCCUGCGUGAAACGUAAUAGAGGACAGCCGUGUAAAUGGUGGUGUCCACUAUCCAAUCAUUCUCUCUCUCGCCCUCUGACCUGUUCUAUCAGCGUGCAGUAGGGGGUGUCGGGGAGGCCCUCCUGCUUCUGACGACCCGCUCUGCACACACAAAAGCAGCACACGUCGGGUAUCACACACGCGGCAGCUUGUUGACCUACCUUAGUAUCUUGUCCAGCAACCAGAGCAUGGCUGUAAGUCGAUUGUCAUUCUCGCCGUCGAGCAGGUAACAGAGGGGCUGGAUGCCGCCGCACUCGACCACAUGCUCAACCUGCAUUGCACGAUUGAACGAGGAAUGCACACACACACAGGCCCGUGAGUGUGGGGCUGUCAGCGGUCAGCGGAGGCACCUGUCGCUGCAAACCUCCUCGGACUAUAUUUCCGAUGAUCUUCACUGCAAUCUCCUUCAAGUCGGGAUCGGUCUCCUCGCCGGCCGCCAGGUCGACCAGCAGCGGCACCAGGUCAGCAUCGAUGAUCGCCUGGAAGUGGGCAGUGCUACCUGUAUCCAAGCAAUCCGCACACAACCACGGCCCCACACGUGACGUCGUCGGAAUCAGGGAGUGUGUGUGAUGAUUCUCUCUUACCUUCACCGAUGAAUUGCACUAUCAGGCACCCCAUGACAGUGAAGUCGUCAUCGGCCAUCUCCAGCAGUGUCUUAAUCGAAGUCACGGCGCCACACUCCACCAACGCGUCACGGUCAGCAACCGUACCUGAGACGGUGGGCAGGCAGGACAAAGCCGACCCUGCAUCUCAGGACAUUCUCUCAGGCACUCAGGUGUACUGACCGUCUUUCUCGGCGCACCAGCCGGCGAAGUCCGCUAAGGCCACUCGUGCGGGCUCCAGCACACACUCAUCCUGCUGAGGUGCGGCGAUCAGGUUGAUCAGCAGCGGCAGGAAGGGGGCAAACUCGGCCAGAGGAGCAGGAAGGGGCGCAUUCUCGGAGACAAUCCACAGAUUGCGCAGCAGGUGGGCACUCACGGUCAGCAUGGCGGCGUUGCUGCUCUCACGCAUCACCUUCAGCAGCGGCUCCAGGAUGCCCGCCGCCACCACGACAUCGCGACGGGCCGCCGAUCCGGCCGUGACGUUGCACAGCGUCGCUAUGCCCCUUCCAUGCACAUCGUCAUCGGGUGACGACAGGAGCUGCACGAGGGGCGGGACCGCACCCGCAUUGACCACCGCAUCGCCAUUCUGAAUCGCCAGCACGCUGAGGGCCUGUCCUGCUGCGGCCUGCAAAUCUUCGCACUCACUCAGCUGCUCCACCAACAGCGGCACCACACCGAUGUCCACAGUCUUCUGCCCGAUGCCCUCUAUAUGCUCGAUGAACAGCAGCCCGGCGAGCUGCCGCACGGCCUCAGUCCGAACCUGCGGAUCACUGGCCGACGCCAU